AUGAUUGAUCCAAACCUUGAAAACCAUCAUAUCCAACAAUCACAAAUUAAUGCUGCCUACGGAAGACCUCAAAUCCCCAAUCAUCAUAUCAUUCCGAAUGGCUUUCACCCUAAUCACAACGCUUCUACAGAGCGUGAACUACCGUUGAGAGAAAUCGACGACAACUCUAUCGAUGAUGCUUAUGUUCAGUUUAUCAUGUAUUGUAAUCCAUCUAUUCGUGCAAAUGUUGAUACCAGCGAGUUGAAGAAAGGUUUUCGUACACCGCCAAAGAGCGAUGGAAAGACUUUCAGUCCAUACACCUUGUUCGGCUUGAUCUCUAGGCUGGAAGCUAAAGACAUCAAGACUUGGACCCAGCUUGUGAUAGAGUUGGGCGUUGAGCAGCCAGACGCUGCGAAGAAUCAAAGUUCUCAGAAGGUCCAGCAGUACGCUGUCAGGCUAAAACGAUGGCUUCAUGCUUUCCACGUCGAUGCUUUCUUCAAUUACCUGCAUAGCAAGCCCACUCUAUAUGUUGAAGAAAGGCCCGCGACUGAGGAAUCUUUAGCAGAGACUGUACGAGAUGGUAUACCGCCAGAAGAAGACCUCGCCGUGCGUGCUCUGCUGCCUCAAUGGAGACCCAAACGUGGCCGACGAAAAGCCGAGGACAUUGAGGCUGAAGUCGAAGCGACUGCGGCGAAUAAAAAAUUGCAUACUCGCUCUAGCAGCGCUGAUUUCACAAGCAUGUUUGAGGAGCAGUACUCAACAGCCCCAUCUAGCGCGAUGCCUUGGAGCGCACAAGCCCAGCAAAGUGACCCAUGGGCAGCAGCUCAAGUAGCCAUUGCACCCAAGACGCCCAGUACCGGGCAGACACCUACUCCAAAUCAGCUGAGUGCUCAGAGCAUGGGUCAGCACACGCGAUGGCGUUUUACCAGCAACGAAACAGCUUCCUCUCCAUAUCCCCAGUCCGCCAUUGCUCCCAGAAAUGGAUUCUCCGCCAGCUUAGCAUUCGACGAGCCCAGGUCUGCUCACCCUUCAACCAAUUCAAGCAAAUCGCCAAACAGGAACCGUAGAAGACACGGCCCUGCUGUUUCUAGCGCAUGGCCAUCGACUACCAGUACAACCUCCGGCAAGCUACGAGGCAGACCUCCGAGCAAUCGCUCAGUACAGGAUGGGCCAUUCUCAACCUUUCCCGUCAAUCCAAACGCGAAAGAAACCCCUGCAAUCAGCGUAGGCACACCCACCCAUACCAGUCCAAGCCCAAGCCGCGAGACGCCUCCAAGUACCCAGCAAAGCCUCACAUUCAAUCAGCAGCCCGCCUUUGGCGAUUUGUCCCAACCCCGAAAACCUAACAAAUUGCAGCUUCAAGUACCGGAGCAUUCUGGCGGACCUGUGCGGCUUGCCACGCCACCUAGAGUUCUUAUCAAUGGUGAGAGUAAUCGGCAAGCGUCUGUGAACCAUGAACGGAGGUCAUCCGUCGAAUUCUUCAACGACUUGGAUGAGAUCUCCGAAGAAGAUGGGGAGGAUGACGGGAACGAAGAGGAAGAGAACAUUGACUGGAAGCGGAGAGCGCUGACAUUGAAGAAAAGGCUGCUGGAAAAGGAGGAAGAGCUGAGGACGAUCAAGCGAAGAGUAUUGGAUGCUGUAAUGUGA